AUGAUCAGGGUCCGUCGCAUGGUCGAUCUUGAAAUUGCGUCAUCGGCAACGGCUCACGAAGUAGAUAUCGAGUUCGCCCUUUCCAACUUCGUUCUAAUUUUCCAAAACCCCAAGAUGAUUUGCAGGACAAUACUUUCGCAGGGAUUCCGCCAUGCAUCGCGGCCUUCGCGACCAAUCGCCGCUAAUCUCUCCAAACCUCAUCUCACGCGCCUCACACCUUCACAACUACGACUUCUGUCUACAGAAACAAGAGCGGCAAUAGACCAAGCCGUGGCCUCGAAGCCUGUCGUACUGUUCAUGAAGGGUACGCCAGAGACACCACAAUGUGGAUUCUCAAGAGCAAGCAUACAGAUUCUUGGAUUGCAAGGUGUGGAUCCGAACAAGUUCUCAGCGUUCAAUGUGCUAGAAGAUGAGGAGCUCAGGCAAGGCACGAGCCCCUUUUGUCUGCGAGAUUCGUCCAGUACGUGCUCAUGUUUCCGGUCAGGUUUGAAAGAAUACUCGGACUGGCCUACGAUACCACAACUUUACGUGGGCAAAGAAUUUGUUGGGGGGUGUGACAUAUUAAUGUCGAUGCAUCAGAACGGAGAGCUUUCCAGGAUGUUGGAGGAGAAGGGAGUUCUUGUUCCUGCAGAAUCCCCUUCGGAAGCACCUUCAGAGGCACCUGCACAAUCGUGA